AUGUCAAACUACCUACCACAAGCCUCUGGCUAUUUACCAUAUUGGACUUUAUUUGUCUCAAUUGUAGCUUUUUCCAAUUCGAUUCAGAAUUUUGUAACUGUCUCAAUUACAAAGCAAAUCUAUAACGCAAAACCCGAGCAAGUGACCGAAUUAGCUGCACGUCUUUUUGCUGUUUGGACAUUUACUUCCGGUGUUAUACGUUUUUAUGCAUCGUACAAUAUUAAUAAUAAAACGAUUUAUCACAUAACAAUUUGGACAUAUGUAAUCGCUUUUGUUUAUUUUGCAACCGAAUUGCUUUAUUUUAAAAGUGCAGAUAUUGGACCUGGAGCAUUGUCCCCGAUAAUUGUAUCCU